GGGGAUAUUUACAGUGCAGCUGUAAAACAUGAACAAGAUGCUGGCGGUGGUUCUUUAUAGCCUACAAGGCCUAAUUGGUAGCUGCACUAACCUUUUAGUAGGUACCAGCUGAACUUUGGUGUGUAUGUAGUUUGUCAAAAAUAAUCUUCUAAAUAUUCCGAGGAGGGAGACGAAUUUGAACACGACCGUGGCUGCUGCUUAUUUACUAGACCUGGCAUGCUAUUAGCUUACUAGCUACUAAUGCAAGCAUUAGCAAGCCAUGUAACUAGUGCAAGCAGAGAAUCCACAUUUUGAUGAUUAGCCUAGUUUGACACCAACAUUUGUGUGUAUACAAUUUAUACCCCAAUACAGCGUUAUGCAACUGUGUACAACUGUGUGUGUGUUGCCUGAAGACAUCAUAUGCCUAUGUACACUGUUGGUAUGCUGACAUGAAGCUUGUACGUUUAACUUAGCUUUUGUGUGGUUACGAGCGGGACACCACUCCUACUAGAGUUACAGUGAAGAAUAACUAACUGUGUGUGUUACAUUGAAAAACAUCGUUUUGCUUAGACUUCAUGUCUUCACUGCAGCAGGUACAGUAUAGGCAAUGCGACAUCUUUCCUCUGGGAUGCUGCUACUGGGCUCGUUGUGGUGUGUUGUGUUCCUAUGGCCCUGUGACUCUGAGGCUACUACUAGAGACUACUAUGAGGUGCUGGGUGUUCCACAGUCUGCCACUGACAGGCAGGUCAAGAAGACCUUCCAUAAACUGGCCAUGACAUACCAUCCAGACAGGAACAAAAGUCCCAAUGCAGAGAAGAUUUUCAGGGAGAUAGCUGAAGCAUACGAGGUGCUCUCAAACGAGGAGAAACGGAUGCGGUAUGACCAGAUGGGUCAUGAGGCCUUCCAGACUGAGGGGGAGGAUGGGGGUAAAGAGGACUGGGCCGGGGAUGGAGGGGGCCAGGGCUCCUUCUACUUUAACCUGGAGGAGCUGUUCCAGGGCCUGAAUAUGGACGAGGACCCCUUUCUGGAGGAUGUGGGGGACUCCUGGAGCUUCCAGUUGGGGGGAGAGGAUGAGUAUCAGGCCUUCCUGGGUAGCAGCUUCUUUGACCUCUCGGGGGAUCCCUCUAGCCAGAUGGGGCUGGGGGACCAUGAGGAGGGGUUUGGGGAGCAAGAGGGACAGCAGUUCUGCUGGAAGAAAACACAUACAGACAGCAGUGUUGAGGAAGUGUGUGAGGGGGCAUGAUCUAUCUAUGUUUUCAUGGGCUCAUAUAAUGUUUGCAGUCAGAUGGGUUGAAUGUGCAAUAAAGUUACAGUGCCCUUACAUUGAUUAUGUCUGGUGUUGAUUCUGUCACAUAACAGCACAUAGCACCUGUGUUCCAUAGUAUAAAGUGGACAUUGGAAACGUUAUAUACUAUUGAAUGAGCUGUGCUACUUUUAUAGUCCAAAAUAAGUUCCAGUAGUUUACCAGUCUGUAGUGUUGACUGAGGGGAACUCUAUGGUCAGUUCUCCUAUCUUUCCUGUACGGGUGUGGCCGUGGUCCAGACAUAUGAGUUACUCAGUAACACAUUGUUACUCCCCUCUCUGUUUUUCCCUGCACCAGCACUUUCUUUGGUUUGGCUGUUUUUCUCCCCCUCUCACUCCUGCACUUUGACCUAAAGGAAAUCCUGUGCCUCUUCAGUAGUUAGUGUGUCUCUGUUUGUGCACCGCUGCCGUUAGGAGACAAAGGAUCUGUGCUUUUAUAUUUGUAUCAAAUUUACAGUUUUACCACACUAAAGACUUGGGGGAGUGACUGCACAUACAGUAGUUAGAAAAUGAUGGAGGAGGCUAGAGAGGGGUCACUUAGUGUGAGUGCCCAAACUAUCCGGGUCACUGAGGCCGUGAGAGACGGGGAUGCACUGACCUUCAUAGUCAUAUCCCAGAAGUUGUCAGGCAGUGGGGAAUACCAUGUGGCUAGGACUCAUGAGGACUUUCAGUGGUUGCAGCAGUGUCUGUUCUCUCAGGAGGUGGUGCCUGGGAUACUGGGUGUCAUUUUUCCUCCUCUACCAGCCAAGCCUCAGUUGAAUGCACCAGCCAAAGUUCUGAAACAACUUGGUUUCUUGGCCAUGGGGGAGGACUGGCGUAUGUACUGCAUGGCACUGGAGACCUAUCUCCAGCAGGUGGCAGCACACACCACACUCAGCAAGAACAAAUGCCUGGAGAACUUCCUCACUAGCUCAGAGCCCCCAGGUCGUCAGAGGGUGAGGAAGGGUAUCUUCAAUCGCCUGAGCCAGGCCAUGGACGGGAUGAGGAAGGAGGGCCACAAGGAUGUGGAUGACUUUUUUCAGACUGAGCGUGACAACAACUUAACCCUCACUGGGUGCUCCAAAUCAGCAACAGAGAGGUUCAUUGAUGUGGUGCUGACAGAACAAAAACUAGCAGUGGCUUGUGGACACUUCUCAACCGCUCUGCAUCUCUGUGUGGAGCAGGAAGAAGACUCUGCUGUCCUGGCCUUCUCAAAGAUAUGUGUCAAGCUGUCUGAGGUCAUAGAUUCAAUCAAGAGAAACUUUGAGAGUGUUGCUGAGAACAACUUGAGCACUCUGGGGCUGGGGCUGGAUCUGGAGUCUCGUUGCCAAGAGGCAGAGAAGGAGAUGCUGUACAGGAGGACCUGUAAGCUUGUGGAGCUAGAAACAGCCAGCAGGAAUGCAGAGCGGGCCAAGCCUGUAAAGAAAGCUGCUAUGGACGAAUUGAAGGUGGCAGCUGAGAAGGAGUUUGAUCAUGUAUCUGGAGUGGCUAAACAGGAGAUAGCAAGGUUCCACAGUACUCAUGUGGAGUUGUUACGCCAGGCUCUGAUUCUGUGGUGUGAGAAGCAGCUUGAAACAGCCAGGGACACCUCCUUCCGCUACAGCCAGCACUUGCAGGCCUUCAAAGGGCUGGGGGAGUGACCACCACCAGCCAGACACCCCUCUGACCCACCUGAACACAGUUUGACUGUCUGAGCACCUCACACUAAAUAUGUACAUGCAUUGUCUAUGUAUGCGUCAAACCCUGCUUCCAUUAAACUUGUAAAUGUAGGGAAAUCUGCAUAAUCCUUAUAGCAAUAAUAACCCAAUAGCUUUGUCUCUCUCUCACACAGUCACAUACUGUGCCCUCUGUCCAAACCCCCUCCCCCUCUCCUUAGCAGAGAGGGAGUUGGAUUGUCUCUGUCAGUGUUGUGCAAUGGUGCAGACAUUGAGGAGAGGAGAGAGUUCUGUGCAGAUCUCUAGCCAUCGCCACAUCAGUAGUAAGGGUCACAAAAUAUAAAGCAUGAUGAACUGAUUGCCCAACUCUCUGGCUGCCUGUGUGUGUUUCUCAUUCCAGGGUCAUUAAUCAGUGUGUUAGACUCCUCCCAAGGACACUCCCACUCUCUCUGUAUUCUGACUCUGGGACUGUUCCCUCUGCUCUUCCCUCUGUUUGGUUUAUAUGCUGAUUCAACGACUGUUCUUUCUUCUGGUGCUUCCUCAACUAACUGUGGCUGGGCCCUAAGACGAUCCUUCUAUUACUAAAUGUGAGUGUUCUCUAGGCUGUCCAAUUCAAAAAGACCACUAACCAUACCCCUUGGCACAUGUUUGGAUGUGUUAUGUAUAAGCAAUAUGGUAAUAGUUAUGGUAGGCUGGUAUUGCUUAAACUUCUUCAACCGCACAAAUCUCCAUAAGUGGUUGGGGGUCAAUUCUGGGAUUGGUCGAUCCUAUAACUGAUCUUUGUGCUGUUCUCUCCCCUGACUCUCCACUGUGGCUGAUCCCUGACUCUUCACUCUAUGCUGCGCCCUGUGUUGACUGUUGGCCAUAUCUAUGAGGAUGCUGCUGUGUCUUUGAGCUUGUUUGUCUUGGUCUGUAAUCUCUGAGUCGUGGGGAGGAGUAAAUCCCAUCCCAGUAAUCAGGGAGAAAGGAGGAGAACAGGAUGUGGUAAUCUGACAGUGAAGGAGUGUUUGGACACAGCAGAGAUGGUCUUGACAUCAUACUGUAUUCACCCUGUUCUGGAGUCAAGAUAACCCAGCCGUAAAGCCCACUGCUGCUCUCAACUGCAUUGCAAUUCACCUAUCCCAUUUCAAAUACCUGUAUAUCCAUUUUACUUGCUUGUAAAUCUGCAUGCUCUGAUUUGGUGCAUGCAUUCAAGAUAGUCCCAAUCAGACAUGCUAUUGCAUUUAUCAGGAGUUAGCUGUAUGUUCUAACUAUGCAUGCAUUCUGUUGGCAUGUUUCCUCACUCUCCCUCUUCCUGUUUACUGGUGUUGCGGUUCCUGUUUACUGCAUGUAAUUAACUAUCAAGGCAAUUACAUGCAAUCCCCUGUUAGCCACUGGCAUAUGUUUCCCUCAGUAAUCUAUGCAGAGGUCACUGCAUCAUUGUGCUCGACAUGUGGAAUCAAUUCAAUCAGUCUGGAAUAUAUUCUAUGCCUGAUGCUGUGAGCACAAUUUAAUACAGAGCUCUGUUCAUUUUGUAAAUCGUACCAAUAAUACAAUUAUGCUCAGAAAAUCAUAAUGUGAGAAUUCUGAGGUAUUUAAUAAACCAAUGCAUUUAACAAUUGAUUUGACAUCAGAAUUUUGAUUUCAGUUACAACAGUUUUGUGUGUUUUUUUUGUGAUGCUUUUUAAGUGCUCUUAUCCCCAUGGCUUUGGUGCCAGUACCAAAUCAAUUUAAUCGAUAGCUUAACAGGUUUUAUAAGAGACUGUAGUGCUCUAGUGGCUUAGUGUUAAGCACACAUUGGCUGUCAUUUGUUUUGUUUUUUAAAUAUGUAAGUACUUUAUCAUUCCUGCACUAAACAUAUAACAUGAUUCGAAUACCUCUGAAUGUAGUCGAAGAUGCAUAACACUGCUGAAUACAACAAUUCUGAUUCUAAUGAAAUGCACAAUAAAGAUUUGUGAAGGUA